AUGCAGGGUCCUGGGUUUAGUAACACUUUAAACACCUCCCGCCCGCCAUAUAGUAAUAUAAUGGGCGCAAGGCGGUUCUCUCGUUCUGGGAGGGACGUCAUAUGACGUCCUCCCAUUCUCACUGCGCAUGCGCGGCUCAGGGAGCGCGCGCAGCGCGGCGAUUGUGGGUGCACUGUGUCCCUCGGACACAGUGGAUCACCAAUCACGUAAAGAGCCAAAGAUGUCGGCUCGGUCAUGUGAUCAGCUGUGUCCAAUCACAGCUGAUCACAUGUAAAUAGGGAAAUGCCAGUUAUCGGCAUUUCUCUCCU